ACUAACAACCCAGACGGUCAAUGGGUUCCUUCUUGGCUCAGCUAGGACGGGGCCGGGGAGAGAAGAGAAGUUUCUCUCCCUCUUCCUAGAUAGUCUGCCACUCUGCCAAAGGACGCAGCGGGAGCCGUGGUGGAAGCCCCGAGGCAAUUUUCCGGCGUCAACUGGAAGCCGCCGCGGGGAAGCGUGAAGGGAGGAGGAAGAGCCAGACAUGCAAGGGGAGCCCGGCGGCGGGCGCUCCCCCCCGCCCCGCCGUGGUCUCCUCAGCAACUGCAGCGCCUGGGCGGGCCAAGGGGGCUGGCACGCCGCUAGGGGCGUUGCGAGCACAAGCGCCGCCAAGUCCGCGUUGGUUGUCUGAGCGGCGGAAGGGGCUGUCCGCUGUGCCUGGGCUAAGUCGGGCCGACCCGACCCGGGCCAGGCCUCGCGCGGUUGACAAGAGAGUAAGGCAAGGCGCGCGGCGAUGAUGAGCUAGUCCCGCCGCAGCCCCGCGCCCGCCGCCAGCCUCCCCCCUCGCCAGCAGCCGCGGCGAAGAGGCCGCCCGGCCCGCAAGCCGGCCCACUAUGCCGUCCACGCCGUUACCGCCCAAGGAGAGCAACCUCUUCAAGCGGAUUCUGAAAUGUUAUGAACAAAAACAAUACAAAAAUGGACUCAAAUUCUGUAAGAUGAUCCUCUCUAACCCAAAGUUUGCUGAGCAUGGGGAAACAUUGGCUAUGAAAGGGCUGACCUUAAAUUGCUUAGGAAAGAAAGAAGAAGCAUAUGAAUUCGUUCGUAAAGGGCUUCGCAAUGAUGUGAAAAGUCAUGUCUGUUGGCAUGUUUAUGGACUCUUACAGCGUUCUGAUAAAAAAUAUGAUGAAGCUAUUAAGUGCUAUCGAAAUGCUCUCAAAUUGGAUAAAGACAAUCUACAAAUCUUAAGAGAUCUAUCACUGUUGCAGAUCCAAAUGAGGGAUCUUGAAGGAUACAGAGAGACCAGGUAUCAGCUACUCCAGCUGCGGCCCACUCAAAGGGCUUCAUGGAUUGGAUAUGCAAUUGCAUAUCACUUGUUAAAAGAUUAUGAUAUGGCCUUAAAAUUACUGGAAGAGUUUAGAAAAACUCAACAGAUUCCUCCUAAUAAAAUAGACUAUGAAUAUAGUGAAUUAAUUCUGUACCAGAAUCAAGUGAUGAGAGAGGCAGAUCUGUUUCAAGAAUCUUUGGAACAUAUAGAAACUUAUGAGAGACAAAUAUGCGAUAAGCUAAUGAUAGAAGAAAUCAGAGGAGAAAUGUUGUUGAAGUUGGGAAGACUAAAAGAAGCUUCUGAAGUAUACAAAGAGCUUAUUGACCGGAAUGCAGAAAAUUGGUAUUAUUAUGAAGGCCUGGAAAGAGCUUUACUGCCACACUCCUUAGAAGAGAGGCUACAAAUAUAUGAAGAAGUAAGCAAACGACAUCCAAGAGCGGUUUCACCAAGAAGAUUACCUUUAAACUUUGUCACAGGUGAAAAAUUUAGAGAAUUAAUGGACAAGUUCCUAAGGGUUAACUUCAGUAAAGGCUGCCCGCCCUUGUUUACCACUUUGAAAUCUUUAUAUUACAACAUGGAAAAGGUUUCUACAAUCCAAGAACUUGUUACUGGUUACGAAACUUCUUUGAAAACAUGUGACUUAUUUAGUCCAUUUGAAAAUGGAGAGCGGGAGCCACCAACUACUCUGCUUUGGGUUCGUUAUUUCCUUGCACAGCACUUUGACAAACUUGGUCAGUUUUCCUUGGCCUUGGAUUACAUUAAUUCUGCAGUUGCGAGUACUCCAACGCUAAUAGAGCUGUUCUAUUUAAAAGCAAAAAUUUACAAGCAUGUAGGCAAUCUCAAAGAGGCUGCCAAAUGGAUGGAUGAAGCACAGUCAUUGGACACAGCUGAUAGAUUCAUCAACUCCAAGUGUGCAAAGUAUAUGCUGCGAGCCAAUAUGGUGAAAGAUGCAGAGGAAAUGUGCUCCAAGUUCACAAGGGAAGGGACUUCUGCAAUGGAGAAUCUCAAUGAAAUGCAAUGCAUGUGGUUCCAGACUGAGUGUGCGUUAGCUUUUCAGAGACUGGGGAAAUAUGGAGAUGCCUUGAAAAAGUGCCAUGAAUUGGAAAGGCACUUUUUUGAGAUAACCGAUGAUCAAUUUGACUUCCAUACAUACUGCAUGCGAAAGAUGACAUUACGUGCCUAUGUAGACCUCUUGAGAUUGGAAGACAUUCUCCGGAAACAUGCCUUCUACUUCAAGGCUGCUCGAUCAGCAAUUGAAAUCUACUUGAAGCUACAUGAUAAUCCACUAGCCAAUGAAAGCAAAGAACAAGAAGUAAAUUCAGAAAACCUUUCUGCGAAAGAACUGAAGAAAAUGCUUAGUAAGCAAAGACGAGCUCAGAAAAAAGCUAAACUUGAAGAGGAAAGAAAGCAUGCCGAAAGAGAGAGACAACAAAAAAAUCAAAAGAAGAAACGGGAUGAGGAAGAGGAGGAAACCAGUGGUCCCAAGGAAGAAUUAGUUCCUGAAAAACUGGAAAGGGUUGAUAAUCCAUUGGAGGAAGCUAUUAAGUUCCUUAUACCACUUAAGAAUCUUGUGGCAGAUAACAUAGACACACAUCUCUUAGCAUUUGAAAUAUAUUUUCGGAAAGGAAAGUUUCUGUUAAUGUUGCAGUCGGUUAAACGAGCUUUUACUAUCGACAGUAAUAACCCAUGGCUACAUGAAUGUUUAAUUAAAUUCUCCAAGUGUGUGUCUGAUCAUAGUAAUUUGCCAGAAAUCAUGAACAAAGUCCUAAGUCAAGAAAUGCAGAAGAUCUUUAUCAGUAAAGAUUUGGAAAGUUUUAAUGAAGAAUUUCUCAAGUGCAAUUCUACCUCCAUUCAGCAUCUGCUAUCAGGUGCCAAGAUGAUGUAUUUCCUGGACAACUCAAGACAGGAGAAAGCAAUUGCUAUUGCUACUAGACUAGAUGAAACUAUGAGAGACAAAAAUGUGAAGACUUUAACGAAGGUUUUGGAGUCCUUACUUGAUGGCAGCUUUGGAACAUGCCACACCCAGAGUGAGGAGUAUCGGAUAGCAUGCCAUAAACUGUUCCCUUUAGCAUCUGCCUUUAUGCCUCUCACAAACGAAGAUGACGGCUGCUUUGCAUCAAUGAAUCAUACAGCCAUUAAUCAUGAUGUGCUAUCCAAUGAAAUUUAAAGUAGGAUACAGAUAUGUUUCCUUCUUCCAGACUGGUUGCAUACAGAUCAGGGUUUCUUACAAUUGAGAUGUCAGACUGACGCAAUUGAAUGAAAAUAUACUGUGCUAUAAGCUCACUUUCCCUCAACAAGAGCUGCCAAUAUUUAUGUAAACACCUAUCUCUGAGUAAUGCUGGUCAUGUUUAUACUUGUACAGUUAAUGAAUCUUUUUAUCCCAAAUCAUGGAAGUUAGAGAUUGGCCAUUCACAUUAAUGUUGUUACAUAUAAAAAUAAAUACGGUCACUUCUUACAAAAUAUAUCAGAGCAAAGUUGGCAAACUAGGAUGGAUAUAAUGCUGCAUGUCUUGUUGCCCCAUCUUUUUCAGCUUUUUUACUUUUAUUUUUAAUUGGUUUCUUUCAAAGCACAUAGGUCCUGAUUAUAAGUGGUGGCAAUUUUCUGUCAAUUCAAGGCGUAAUUUGGAAACAGUACUGAUGAUUUUGGACAGCUUGUUUUGUAAUUGAUAUGUUGUUUUUUUAAAAUGAUAAUGUUUCCCCAUUAUUUGUUAGAACAGUUUAUUAAUUAUUUUUAUACCAUUGAAUACCCAUUGUAACAGUUUAGAUUCUUGUUUCUUUAUCACUUACCAACUUUGAGACAUUAUUCCACUUUUAAAAGGAUGGAAAAGUUUAGUAAGAGAGAUUGUGGUCUUCUCCAGAUCAUGCAUUCUGUUUAAAUUUAAUGUUGAGUUCCAUUAAAACUCUUUACAUUUCAACUUUUAAAAAGUGAAAUGUAUCUACUUUUGCUGAAAUGUUACUUUAAGUGCUAUAAAGCAAUUAUCAUUAAAGAUGUACUUUAAAAAAGUAAUUUAAGUGAGCACAACUAGUCUGAGUACAAAUUACAGGUUAUCCUUUUUCUAUCUUUUUAUUUUGGUGCAUUGACCUGAAUACAUUAUACAUAUAACAUAUCCAAAUUUUAAUUCAGCUGUCUUAAACAUUUUACUUCAGGACAAAAAUGGCUGUUCAUUAUGACCUUAUAUAAACUGCUAUCAAAACUUAAUACACUGUGGCUUCUACAGAAAAUUACUUUUCUGAAAACUAAUGGAACCAAUUUGUUUUUAUUUUAUGGUUAAUAUAAAUAUUUAAUAUUACUUAGGCCCUAUGCAAAAUUCAAAAAGGGAAAUUUUAUCAAGACAUACAGUUAUACUUAAGACAGUCUCCUUUAUCAUCAGUUUAGGAUCAAUAGUUGAAUGAAAACUCACUGUAAAAUAAUGCCAACUGAUGUAAUGCUGUAAUAAAUUAUUUUGUACA